AAGGAGCUAGUUCCCAGAGUGCACCGGGGGUCCACAAAGCAACAGCUGGGCAGCUGCAGAGGAGCGGGGCCCUCGGGACCUGGAGCUUGGCUAGAUCUGGGGCCGGGCCGCAGCGGCUGCGGAGGCAGAGGCAGCGCAGCUCGGACCGGCCCUUCGGAGCCCACCACGGCCCUUGGACCUCCUGCUCCGCACCCUCCCCCGACUGACUGCCCUAACGCAGGCCCAAGACCCCGGGCCAAGCCGACCGCAGGGAGCCCCUGCGGGUGCCGGGAGCAGAGCAGAGAGAGAGGAGGAAGGAGGAAGAGAAGGGGAAGAGCCGGACGCGCCGCAGGCUCCCUGGAGCCGGGGAGUGAGACCAAGGACCAUGGCCGAGGCGGCGCCCCCUCCGAUUCCAGAAUGGGAGUCAGAGUGUACCACUUCACUGCAGUCCCUCCCACUGCCCAGUGAGGCUCAUCUGCAGACAGCAGCUAUCUCCCUAUGGACAGUUGUAGCAGCAGUGCAGGCAGUAGAGAGAAAAGUGGAGGUGCACAGCCGGAGGCUUCUGCACCUGGAAGGCCGGACAGGAGCAGCUGAGAGUAAGCUGAACAACUGUGAAAAAACAGUGGCGGAUCUUGGGAACCAACUGGAGGGGAAGUGGGCUGUAUUGGGGACCCUGCUCCAAGAAUAUGGACUGCUGCAGCGGAGGCUAGAAAACAUGGAGAACCUGUUGAGAAAUAGGAAUUUCUGGAUCCUCCGGCUCCCCCCGGGUAUUAAAGGAGAUAUCCCAAAGGUGCCAGUGACGUUUGAUGAUGUCUCCAUCUACUUUUCUACGCCAGAGUGGGAGAAGUUAGAAGAAUGGCAGAAGGAACUUUACAAGAACAUAAUGAAGGGCAACUAUGAGUCUCUCAUCUCAAUGGAUUAUGCCAUGACACAACCUGAAGUUUUGUCUCAAACUCAUCCAGAGUCAGAGCAGAAUACAGAGAACCAAGCAAGACCAGAUGAGAAUGAGAUGGCUGCAGAACCCAGUGAUGAGCCAGGCAUUUCCACAUCAGACAUUCUCUCCUGGAUAAAACAAGAAGAAGAGCCCCAAGUAGAAGGUCCACAGGACCCUGGAGAAAGUGACAUUUACAAAGGCACAUAUACUGAUGAUGAGCUUGCCAUCAAAGCUGAAGGGCUUGCUGGAGCCCCUUUGUGUUCAGAUGCCCAGGUUACUUCUGCCAAUCCACCAGUAAUGACAAAAGAUGCUUUCCAGGAUGCAGCUUUUAAGAGUCAGCAUCCUCAACCUGUACUGUCCUCUGGACCUCCACUUAAUAAUCCCAUUGACCCCCUUGGAGGACAGCCUAGUUUCACCCAGCUGGGCAAUCUUCCCCUUCCUCCCCAAUCUGGGGAGCAACAACAACUCUUCCCUUGUCGUCGUUGUGGCAAGAAUUUUAACCAGAAGGAAAUGCUGAUGGACCACCAGAGUAGUCAUGCUGGUGAGCGUCCCUUUGCGUGUGCCCAGUGUCCCAAGCGCUUUGCCCAACAGGCUAACCUCAGCAAUCAUGCCCGUGUGCACACAACUGAGCGGGCCCAUACCUGCCCACAUUGCUCCAAGAGUUUUGUGCACCCCUCUCGGCUUACCUACCACCUGCGGGUCCAUAGCGGUGAACGACCCUUUCCAUGUCCGGAAUGCCCUAAGCGUUUUACUGACCAAUCUCGGCUCACCAGCCACCGACGUGGUCACUCUGGUGAGCGGCCAUUUCGCUGUGCUCAGUGUGGUCGCAGCUUCAGCCUGAAAAUUAGUCUUCUGCUCCACCAGCGGGGCCAUGCCCAAGAGCGCCCCUUCUCCUGCCCUCAGUGUGGCAUCGAUUUCAAUGGCCACUCAGCAUUGAUCCGCCACCAAAUGAUCCAUACGGGUGAGCGGCCCUACCAGUGUGGCGACUGUGGCAAGAGCUUCAUGCGUAAGGAGCACCUGCUGAAUCACCAACGGCUGCACACAGGCGAGCGGCCCUUUCACUGUGCCCACUGUGGCAAGAGUUUCAUUCGUAAGCACCACCUAAUGAAGCACCAGCGCAUCCACACAGGUGAGCGGCCCUAUCCCUGUCCCUGCUGCGGCAAGAGCUUCCGCUACAAACAGACACUCAAGGACCAUUUGCGAGCAGGUCAGGAUGGAAGUUGCAGUGGUGAUGGAGAUGUACCAGGGCAGCCGCCAGAUCCCCCUGGCCUCCUCCUACCUGGGCUUGAGCCCACGGGUUUAGGGAUUGGAACUGAUGGCCUAGAAACCAACCACUGGUAUGGGGAGGGGGGUGGAGGGGGUGUUUUGUAAAUCCUUCAUCUCUUGUUUAUCCAGCAAUUGGAGAAUCCCAAAGACAGGGAGCCCAAGAUCAUUUUAAAUUGGCUCUUCAGUGCAUUUUGGCCAUUGUACAUCUAACUAGGGACAUACCUGGUUGUCUGGAACUUCACAAUACUGCAAAUAAUGAAGAUACAUUGCAAAAUUUGGAGAAGCUUGGAAAAAAUCCACCCACCCUGUCCUUAUGAAGAAAUUAUUGAGUUGAAGAGGUGAUAAUGUUGCAAAGAGGCUGAAAGCAAGAAAUUGGUAAAUCACUGGCAGAUAAUCCAAAUUUUUUGUAGAUUGAAAUCCAAGGGAGGGACAGGUAGCAUGGGGAAAUUUCUAAAACUUGAUACUUUACUUGUACCGUGAGGUUGGUGGGACACUGAGACUUCUCCCUAACUUUUGGAUGGGUGAGUUGAUUGUUAGAGGGGAGUGCUGUCCUAGAGCUGCCAAAUGGGAGUUGGCACUCUCUCCUCCUGGUUCUAGCUUAGACUCACCUUACUUGUACUCCUGCUUAUUUUUCCUGAAAUAGACCCAGCAUGAUGGAGAUUCCUUUUCUUCAUCCGUGUCAACUCAAGACUUGGCCUGGUAUAAUAUUUCUUGGAUUUAAUCAAUGUGAUUUUCUUUAAAUAUUGGAUCAGCCCAGGGUAAGAGAUCUGAUUUUGUAGGUUGGGAAGUUCCCUACUGAAAAUUAGUUGAUUUUGAACUUUUUACUGGCUUGGUUUACAGUCUUCUCUCUCUGGUAUUCAGGAUUUUACUGAAAUUUCAAAUUCCUGGAUAUUAGCAUUCUCAGUCCCUGACCCCAAAAUCUGAAAAACAGGAUUCUUUGGAGUAAAUGACAGGCCAUGUCUCUAAGGGCACAGCCCAAGAUUUGUGACUAGUCCCUCAACUUUGGAUGUGAGUACAUCUAAUGUAUACAUUUUUCUAUGUCUGCAGAAAUAAGUUGGCUUUUCUCUUUCUGAUAUUUUGGACAUUUGUUGUAGCAGAAAAGAUUACAACUCACAGCUUUCAAACUAGCUGAAGACAUAACAUUUGUUUCACAAGCAAUGAAACAAAGCCAUUUUGGUAAUGUGGCUGGCUCAAACCAUUAGAGGAAGUGUAUAUUCAUCCUCAUUUGGCCCUACCCUGGGAACGUGGUAAGAUCAAGAAGAUUUCUCCCUAGCUGGUAGCUGGCCCUUCCUUGUACAUAAACAAUCUAUCUAUCCCAUCCAUAUCAUGCUCUCAGGGCUACCGGAUAUUGUGUGCACAAGCUUAUUAGUUAUUGUGUAUGGGUUUCCCAAUCACCUGGAGCAACUGAGCCACCUGGUUUUAUUCUUCACUGAGUUUGGGCCAUUUACUUCCUGCUGUGGACCCUAAUUUAGCUUUCUGUAAAUUAAGAACAGUCCCUGUCCAUUUCACGUCAGACAGCUGAUAUGAGGAACAAGACCUGAAGUAAGAGUUCUACAGAAAUGCAGAAGAAUGUGAUUGUCGGGUGGCAUGUUCUCCUUCCUACCAAAACCCCAUUUAAUUAUUUUUCAGCCUCUUUGUGGGCAGACUUGAAUAGGGCAGCAGUCAAGGAGAGACUUCUGGCUGAAGCUUGCCCCACAUCUACUAGAGUUACAUGUACUUUCUUAAAAACUGAAAAUCUGUGGGAGACAUGAGUGGUGCUCUUUUACCUAAGCUGCAGCCCUGCACAUUGGCAGGAGGGGUUGUUAGCAUCAGCCAAAAGGAAGGAGGCUCACAGCUUCUCUCACCAAGUACUCUCUUCUCAUAGAGAAUACAUUGGUGCAUGGUAUUCAAUGACAGGAUCUUUACUUGGUGGUUUGAGUGAGAAGGACAUGUCUUCCCCUCACAUUCUAAACUCAGCUCUCACCCAGAUGGCAUAAUUGCCUGUAGCUGGUUUGAGGAAAGGUAUUUUCCUUGACUAGCAGGAAUAAUAAUCAUUCUGAGCAGAAAGACUAUGGAAUAUGUAAUGGAAAGAGUAUUGGAUAUGAGCUUGGGACAUCUGAGUUCUGCCAUGAAGUAGCUUUGUGAUUUUAGGCAAAUCCCCUCUCUGUCUCAUUUUCCUUCUCUGUACAAUUAUUAAAUGACCUUCCAGAUCUGAGAUAUUUUGAUUUUAUGAGGCAUAGUCAGUCAUACAGAUUUUCCAGGAAGAAGCCACAGUAGUUCAGCAGGUAUCAGACUCUGAGCACUGACACAAGCUGAGAACUUAACAUGGACUCAUGAUUAUUUUGUCUACUUUCCCACUCCUUAAUUAGGAAAAGAACCACAGGUUGGCAAUUUUUUUAAAAGUUUGUUUUUGAAGAUAAGAAUGUGGAUAAUCAAAAUGUUAGGAAAAGGGCUAAUCUCAUAAUAAGUAGAAAAGUAUCUGGGGGGGCAAUUUCCACAUAGACCUUUCAAGUCCCUCAUAAGGACCAGGCUGUUAGACUGCAGUUUGAAAAGGUGCUUUAAGAUACAAAGGUAAUGAACCCUAACCACUGGUUCUAGAUCCAGGCAACCCUAUCUCACCUUGGAUUCUUUGAGUAGUCUUCAUUUGUAGGAGAGAAAUUUAACAAAUAGACUAACUUGUCUCCACUAUUCACCAUCCCAUCUUCCCUUUCAGUCCACACAGGAUGUCAUCUAUCCCCUUGGCCAUUUUCAACCAUUGUAAUUGUCAGUUGCCAAGUGGUAGCUUUUUUCACUAAUUAAUUCAAUUGGUUUAUUAAGAACAUCAGAAUAAACAAGACUUACUCUUUGUUGUGUAUUUUCAUUGUUUUUUGUGGAAUGAUAGUUAAUCUAUUUGAAAAUUGGUGAACAUUGGUGAACGAUCAGCCUGUAAUUAAUUUGUUAUAUAGCAAGAAAAAUUGUUGCCCCAAUAUUGGGGAUACCUUAUUGUAGGCCCUGGAGUAACAGCAGAAACCUCCAUAACAUAUUAUCAUCUAAGAUUUUGGUCUUAAUAAAAGGAAUCCUUAAAAUCUCUGUGAUUAGGGGAUCAAAGUUUUUGCUCCCACAGUCUUCAUACAUUAUAAAGAUAAGUCAUGAGUUUGUUCUUCAACCUCUGCAGAAUGAGGAGACUGGCUGAAUCAGUAAAAGUCAAUCCAGAAGUCUGUCUGCAGUAUUUAAAGAUGACCUUAAGGCAAUGAAUAAGUGACCAGGAAAAAUUCCCUGGUGAUCUUAGGGUUCUGGUGGGUUACUUGUCAAGUUUUAUCUGCACUCUUCCUCAGCAUGUUUCUAGAUUAGAACAGCCUAUUUGCUCAUAGGUGUUGGUGAAAAGAGCAAUUUUUUUGUCUUAGCAGUUUUUGUGACCUGAACAUGAAGAGUUCUGUUUCCUGAAGUAUCAUUGGAGCAAUGUGCUUUAGAUUGUCCUUUCACAAAUGCUCCUCUUUACUCUAGUUUUUCUUUCAGUGGACAUAAAUAAAAAUAGACUUCAUAUCACAAUAUAUGUCAACCUUGGUUUUAGAAAGAACCUUCCAAACAACUAGAUAUAUUCAUGAAUACAAAAAGAAAAACCAAAUUCCCAUCAGAGAAUGCAAACAUCAAGUGCCUGCCAGAAGCAGAGGGGCAGACCAGAAACGAGAUCAGGGUGUUCUGAAUGACUGUUGAGUAAGCAGUUCAAAUAAAAUCAUAGGAGUUUUGGUAAAAUUUCAUGCUUUGAGUUUUUAUUUUGUGAUAAAAAUCAGUAGGGACAAAAUGUAGAGUAGUAAAUAUAGAAGCAUUUAACAGGAAUCAGGAAGACCUUAGGUUCUAGACUUGCCUUUGGUAUUGGUUAGGUAUUGGUUGUGACUAGGCAAGAUCUGACUUCUGUGUAUCCCAACCCAACUCUUAAGACUAUGACAUGGAUGAAAUGUUAAUGUGCAUUAGGAGAAGGAGAUUCUACAUGCUAAGUUCCCCUUUCAUGAACUCACCCCAAGUGGGUGUGUGAAGGGGAAAAAGGGGGAACAUGCUGUUGAUAAAGUCUGUAAAGUGAAUACCAGCCAUAUGUUUCCCAAGAAAAGGAAUUUGUUUUCCAAAUCUCUUGUAUCUGCCAUAAUGCCUGGCACAAAACUUGCUAUAUAGCAUUCUUUAAAUACUGAUUUAGUGAUUAGAAUGGGAAAAACCAUAAAGAGGAUCAGAGAAGACUGGGAGAGUUGGAGAAGGGGUCAGAUUAUCCAUGCUGCUACUUGUACAGCUGUGUGGCUUUUUUUAUAAAUCACCACUUUUCUGGCCCUUUGCAUCAUGACCUGUAAAAUGAUGGAAUUGUACAAGACUUUGAAGGCCAGAAUUAUAUGAUUCUGCAUAAGCUUUCCAGUCUUCAAAGUAGUUUUAUCUGAAUUCUUAUUUUAUCUUCACAAUAACUUAGAGAUAUAGACAUUGUUAAAUGAAAUAAGCAAAAAAUGCUUUGGAAAAUAUAGCAUCAGGUAAGUGUAAGGUAAGAUUAAAGUAUAGAUGUUCAAGUCAAUUACAAUCAAUUUACUGUUUGUGAUUCUCUUUGGGGAUCUAAAACUAGAAGAGAUUUUAGAAAUCAUCUAAUCUGACCCCUUUAUAGAUGGACAAAAACCAAAAAAAUCCAAACCAAAACAUUGAGGCUCAGAAAGGUGUGAAAUGACAUUUAAAAUCACACAGGUUUUAAGUAGCAAAACUAAAAUUUGGAUCCAGGUUCUAUCAUUUGAACUGAAAACAUUGAGGCUCUGUGCCAGCACUCUCAUCUCACAAACAGAUGUAUUCUGCCAUUUUUCCACUCUUGUCUACCAUGAAAAGGUGUCCCUUCUUGCUAAGGCAAACCCUUUUAGGAGUAAUUCUAUUCCAUCUCAUCUUCUUCAACAGAUUAUCCACUCUUUCACUUAUUGUCACUUUUUCAGUCUUCUGGCCACUUCCCUUCUACCCACAAACAUAUAAUAGUCUUUCUCAUCCUCAAAAAAAAAAAAACAAACAAAAACCCUCACUUGUUUUAUUUAUCCCCACUAGCUAUCUUCUUAGAUCUUUUCUCCCUCUUGUGGCUAAACUCAAGUUCCUCCAUUUCCUUUCCUCUAAAGUUCCAGGGGUCCUCAAACUUUUUAAAUAGGGGGCCAGUAGUGCAAGGGAUAAUGUUGUAAAAAAUUACCCUGGCAUGGAUUCUGUCAAUAUAAAGUUAUUAUUAAAUAAAAAAAUAAAAUAAAAUAAAUAGGGGGCCAGUUCACUGUCCCUCAGACUAUUGGAGGGCUGGACUAUAGUAAAAACAAAAACUUUGUUUUGUGGGCCUUUAAAUAAACUUCAUAGCCCUGGGUGAGGGGGAUAAAUGUCCUCAGCUGCCGCGGGCCAUACUUUGAGGAUCCCUGCUUUUUGCUGACUACAUUUCAGCUUCAUCAUUCAACUGAAAUUGCUAUCUAUAACAUUUUAAAUGAUUUUAGCACUUAAUUUUUAAAUUCAGUUUUGCCUUAUUUUUAGUUCCAAAUUUUCUCCCUUCCCCACUCAUUAAGAAGGCAAGAAAAAUGAUACCUAUUACAAAUGUGUAUAGAGAUGCUAAACAAGCAUCCAUAUUAGCCUUAGAAGAAAAUAUUCUUCAUUCUGCACUCUUGUCAGUUCUAUUUCUGGAGUGAAUAGCAUGGUUUAUUGUGAACUUUUGAAACUGGUUGGUCAUUGUGUUGAUGAGAGUUACUAAGUCUUUUGGAAUUAUCUUUAAAAUGUUGCCUUACUAUAUAAUUUAUUUUCUAGGUUCUGCUCACUUUGUAUCAGUUCAUAUAAUUUUGAAUCCAGUUACUUAUUUGUUAUAGCACAAUAUUCCUUCAUGUUCAUGUACCAUAAUUUGUUCAGCCAUUCCCCAAAUAAUCUCUUUAAUUGAUACAUUUAAUAGCCUUCUUAAAACCCUCAUCUUCCUUGAUUUUUGCAACCUUUAAAGUUGUUGACCACCUUCUUCUCUUUGCUAAUCUUUUCUCUAGGUUUCUGCUGACUUACCUAUCUUACCUGACUUCACUCCAGUGGAUCUACCUCCAGUUCACAUCCCCAUACCAGAAUAACCUCCCAAAGCUCUGUCCCAGGCCUUUUUCUUCCUCUACAUUAUUUGAUGAUCUCAUCUGCUCCUGUAGAUUUAGCAGUGUAGAUAUUUCUCUCUGCUUAUCUCCAUCUUUACAUCUCUAGUUGUCUAAUGAUUAUCUUGAACUGGAUAUCUCAUAGAUAUCUUAAAUUUAUCUAAAAUUGAACCCAUUGUCUUUUCUCCAAACCUCCUCCCUUCCUAAAUUCUUUAUUACUGUUGAGGCCAUUACCAUUUCCCCAGUCACCCAGGCUUACAUCUUGGGGUCAUCCUUGACAUAACACUCUCAUCCCCAUCUUCAAUCAAUUGCCAAGUCUUGUGGAUUCUACCUUUGCAGCAUUCCUCCUUUAUUUAAUACUGCUGCUACUCCAUUGCAGGCCCUCAUCACCUCAUCACCUCAUACCUAAACACGUAAUAGCCUGUUAGUUGGUCUCCUUCAAGCCUCUCUCCAUUCAGCAAUCAAAUUGGUGUUCUUAAAGCUCAGAUCUGACCAUGUCACACAGCCCAUUCAGUGAAUUAUAGGGACUCUCUAUGAACUAGCUCUGUAAGCAAAUAUAAACUUUUAAGGCCUUUCAUACAUAACCUGGCCCCUUCCUAUCUUUUCAGCACCUUACUCUUUCCUAUCCACCAUGUACUUUAUGAUCUCAUGACUGGCCUCCUAGCAGUUCCUGUAACUAACACUCCCAUCUCCCUGUUCUGUGCAUUUUUACUGGUUGUCCUUUACAUCUAGAAUUUUUUCCCUCCUAAUCUCUGCAUCCUCUGAUUUCAUUUCAAUCUCAGCUAAAAUCCCACCUGUGAGAAGCCUUUCCCAAUCUCCCUUAAUGUUAGUGCCUUCCUUCCCUUAGAAAUUACUUGUUUUUCCUGUAUAUAUUUUGUUUGUACAUAGUUGUUUACAUGUGUUCCUCAUUAGACUUUUAAAAUUAUUAUUAUUAUGUAUCUUUUGCUGUUGUUUGUAUUCCCAGACCUUAUCAUAGUACCUGGCAUGUAGUAGGUGCUUAAUGAUUAUUGGCUCUAAAUCCAAAUGCAUUGCUCUAUACCACACUAAACCUUCGUCUGGCUUCUGACUCAGAAAUCUUGGUAUUUUCCUUCUAGUUUAUUUACCUUUUCUAGUGGUAAGUCUGUUAGUUAUUUGAAUAUUAGUAGGAUAGGGACUUUGUGAUAGGUAUAGGUUUUAACCUGAGUUGUAGACCAACUCAAGUUAACCUUAUCACAUGGGACAUAAGGAUAUAACCAGUUUCAGACUACCAUGAUGAGGGCAUAAGAGUAAAUUAAAUAUUAAACACACGAAUGAUGUUGUAAAAGGCAUUAUGUACUUCCAGUUUAAAAGCUAGCUUUUGUGCAGCAUAUAAACUAAGAAAGCAAGAUACUUAUACAAUUAUCCAUAAAAGAGAAACCUAACUGGAUAAAAAUGUACUAAUUAAAUUCUGUGCUAGAUGUAAAAUAAACAAGAACAUAUCAGCUUGGUUUCCUCUCAAUGUUUUUAGAAUGUUAAAAAAAAAUCUUUCAAAUUUUAGGGGAAAUCAGAAUUUAAUCUGGAAAGGAGUUAAAGGAUGUUUUGUGGCACAGAAGACAAAAGGGAAAGAAAGCCAAAAAAAAAAGUAAAAGCAUAGAUUCAAGUUGGAUUGCUUGACUGGAUUAGGGAGCAUGUGGGUGGGAUAUAUGCAAAAGUGAAGGGUCUUUGACCUCUCUCAUAAAUAAGGCAUUAUUAGAUCCUAGCAGGAACUCCAGGGCUCUGAGUUGGAAGUAAGGCAAAUUGAAUGGUGCUUUAGCAAAGUAGUAUUUCCUGCUCUCCUUCAGGAAUUUGGAUUGGAGGCAGCAGAUAUGGGCAUAAAAAUGGCUCCUCCAGAUGGUACUAACCAGCCUGAUAUGUGAAUAAUGGUUAUAUGAGCUUGUAGGAUCAAAAUGUUUUUCCAAAUGACAUUCUUAUAAACUGGCUUUAUAGGAAACAUUUCGUAAGUUGCAGGCAGACAAAAGUCAGCAAAUAAUCUUCCCUAGUCUUGGUGACUUUUCUAUCAAAUGAGACCUAAUAUUUCCUUAAUGUUUGAUAUCAUUGAUGUUCUUCAAGAAAAGGUGUUUAACAUGUAGAAAUAUGACUUGAAAUAAGAUUUUGUUUAAAUAUGUUGGGAUUUUAGUCCAAUAAGUUGCACCAUAUUAAAAGUAGGUACCUUUUGAAUGUCUUCUGGAAUUGUAGCCAUUGUCCGAAUCAGGCUUGGAAUUCCUGUCCCAGAAUGGCUUAUGGUGCCAUUAGCUCUGUUAGGUGUACUAACCUCCCAAGCAAUAGUGUAGCAGAUUCAUCCUGGAUUCUUAGAGCCUAUUCCAAACCUGCCUCCCUAGAGGCGGCUUGCUUGAGUGAAUAAUAAAGCUCCCAGUUAGGACUUUUCACUUAGGUGUUCAGAGGGGCACAAAAGCCCUCAGCACCAGAAAGAUGUGGGUCACUUGGAGGGAAGGAGUUGUCCUGCCCCUAGGUCCCCACUGUGCCCAGCUGGUAGGCCCCAACAUAAUUCCAGGGCAGGAAUGGAAGGGGAUGGGGACAUCCUGGAGGGGGAGAGUUGAGUAUGACAAAAGAUUGUUGCAAUUAUCCUACUGGAGUUGGGUCUAAAGGCUAAAACAGAAGAAAACUAGUCUCUUUAUAAGCAUGAUUUCUCUUCCGGUCUCCUCCCUCCUCCUCCCAAAGAACACUUUUGACCAGCUUUUUCUGACUCAUCAGAAUUGAACAGUCUGAUGACGUCUGUUUCCAAAUAUAAAAAUCUACUUUCAAACAAUGGAAAUUUGCCACCAUUGAGUACAUUCAAAAGAAUGUGCCACAGGCUCUGGACAAUUACUAACAAAUGGCAUCCUCUACAAAUAUAUGAGUUCUGCAUGCAAAGAUGUAAGUUCAUGAGGCCAUUGUGCUUUUUUAGCUCAAGCCUCUCCCAGUUUUGUUUUAAAACUGCUAACUCCUUCACCUGAACAGCCAUUAUGAGAUUAGCCAGAUAGUAUUCAGAGGCACUGACCCCGGCUGAGAAGUCCUCUUUUGUUCCUGGUAAAUUUAAAAAUUUUUCCAUAACAUUCUUGGGGUCCAUCUCAGAACAAUUCUUGGAGCUUAUAUGGGCUUGUCACCCAAAUACCUGUGCCUCAUAGAACCUGUAAAGGAACGAUAGACAUUCAAAACCCAAAACAAAAUCAAGUCAUACAAAAGAUAGCUAAUAAUAUAAAGUCAUAGUUCCUUGAAAAUAAAAUAUAAAGGGGAGAAUCAAAAUUGUCUCAGCAAAAUAGAAAAAAAUGAUCAUUUUUCAAAACUGCUAUUAGUAGAAAUAAGAAAACUUGGUCUAUAAGAAACAACAGGUUUUGUUUAUUGAGUUUUUUUUAAUAAGUGUAAAUAAAGAGGUUCAUCGAAAGAGAACCAAUCCUGAAAUCAGGUGAGUGGAAAAGUACUUUUAACAAAAGAUAAAUGGUCCUUUGCAAAAUUCUAAAUCUGCCAUUAUCAUCCUGUGCCUCCUUUUUCCCCCAGUUUAUUGUCAAGAUCUCUGGUAUCUUUAGAUGCUUGCUUCAUUUGCAAUGUGCCUGUUCAACCCAAUUAACCAAGUGACAUAAGUUCAUAGAUCUCUUCCAGAUAAACUUCUAUUAAAUCCAAUAUUUAUUAAAUGCCUAUUCUGUGUAAGACAUCAUACUAAGUGCCAGGGAUACAAAAAUAGGUACAACACAGGCCUUCCGAUUAAGAUAUCAAAGAGUAAUUUAUCUUAAUGAAGCAUGGAUACAGGAGGUCUUUUUUCCCACUUAAGAAAUCAGAAAUAAAGCAGAAUUAUUUAUUCUUUGAUGUUUAUACUCAUCGAGAUAAGUACUUCCUCCAGUGGUACAAGUCACAAUGUAUCUACAACUCAUACUUGUGUGACCCUUUUUCUUGUUCCUCCAUAAAUUCUCCAUAGUGGAUCCAUUUAACGUGUUUAAAGCUUUGCUCUAGAUUUCUUGACAUGUGGGUAUCAAUGGUAAUACAGCCUAUCUCUUUGUUAUCCCUCACUCUUGCUAUGUAACUGACCUAUUGUUUUUUGGCCAUCACUUUUAUGUCCUUUAUGCUAUUUCUGAUGUAUUUCUUCAUGGUUAAUUUGCAGUCUCCAACUUAACAAUCAUCAGGUAUCUCUACUGCUCUUUUUGUUGACUUGACACGAGAUGACAAGGUGUAUUCCAUUAUAUGUUGUUUUUGUGGCCUUUGGAUGAAAAAUAAAACCAAUUUUUACCAGUUCCUUUA